AUCGGUUUAAAGGUUAGUGUGAAACAACGUGGGUGUAACGGUUUGAGUUAUACUCUCGAUUAUGCCACAGAAAAAUCAAAACUUGAUGAAGAAGUUGUUCAGGAUGGUGUUCGUAUUAUAAUUGACAAAAAGGCACAAUUAUCUCUUUUAGGCACUGAAAUGGACUACAUAGAAAGUAAAUUGAGCUCUGAAUUUAUUUUUAAUAAUCCAAAUAUUAAAGGAAUUUGUGGAUGUGGGGAAAGCUUUUCCGUUUAGUUAGGUUAAGCACUUGUAGUUAAAAUAGAUUAAAAGUAUGACGAAAUGAAUCAACUGUAAACUCACUAAAUAGCGAUUUUAUUAAAUAUUCUGUUAAUCCUUG